AUAGACAUAAUCGUCUUUAUUUUGCACCAUGUCUAUCCGCACCCCUAUACUACAUCAGCUCCGCCGUCGAAUUUCGGGUAUCAACCGUUGCAGUGCUCCAUUCCAUCCAUUGCUCUCGAAUCGCGUCGUCGCCCCUACUCGGAGUUCUCUACCAACAAGAAGUUACGCCUCCGUCUCCGCCGCCGAAUUGCAAUUCGGCCAGCCGUUGCAUGAAACACAUCCACACUUACUAGAGCCUGGUGAAUUAACACCAGGAAUUACCGCUCUGGAAUACGCUCAUCGCCGUUCGAGACUCGCUAAUCGACUACCGAGAAAUGCCGUUGCGAUCGUUGCUGCGGCAGAUGUCAAGUACCGCGCCCCCGGCGUCUUUUACGAAUUCCGACAAGACUCCGAUUUCUUCUACUUGACGGGUUUCAACGAACCCGGCGCGUUGGCUAUAAUAAUAAACGACGGCUCUGGCGAUAACCAUCUCUUUCAUUUAUAUGUUCGGGAGAAGGAUCCGAAAAUUGAACUGUGGGAAGGUGCACGGUCAGGCACUCAAGCAGCUAUAGAUGUGUUCAACGCAGAUGAAACCGGCAACAUCGAACGAAUCAAAGAACUCAUUCUUCCAAUCCUAUCCGGAGCAGCUGAAAUAUAUACAGACAUCAAAGCUCUUUCGCCCGCGGGAUCCUCGAUAACUCGUUACUUAUACGGCAACGAGGCAGAGUCCGAUCUACAAAAGAUCAUACAAGCACGUAAAGUCAAACCUCUCCGUCCAGUGCUGAACGAGUUGAGAGUCUUUAAAAGUGAAAGUGAAGUGGUAAAUCUGCGACAAGUUGGACAAGCUUCAGGCCGUGCUUUUACGGAUUCGAUGCGCCAGGAGUUUGAUACUGAAAAGGAAUUGUCAUCCUACUUGCAAUAUCAGUUUCAGCUGAACGGGUGCAGCGGCAGUGCUUUUGUACCUGUUGUAGCCGGAGGACGGAAUGCUCUGAGCAUACAUUAUACUCGGAACGACGAUGUCUUGAGGGACGGACAACUCGUCCUCGUGGACGGAGGUGGCGAAUAUGGUGGUUAUAUCGCAGACGUCAAGAGAACAUGGCCAGUCAACGGUAAAUUUACUGGACCACAGCGCGAUCUAUAUACUGCUGUGUUGAACGUACAUAGAACUUGUGUGGCGCUCUGUCGUGAGAAUGCGAAUCUAUCCCUCGACCGGCUUCAUCUCAUCGCAGAAAAAGGCCUUAAGGAUCAAUUAGGGCAGCUAGGUUUUGAUGUCUCUAGUGAUGCUAUAAGGACCCUGUUCCCACAUCAUCUAGGCCACUACAUUGGUCUCGACGUGCAUGACUGUGCCGGAUACCCCCGAAGUGUCAAUUUGAGGGCCGGGCAGUGUAUCGCCAUUGAGCCGUAUGUCCAUCUCUGACGAACCAAUACUUUUCGAGAGCUAACAUAUCUUAGUGGUAUAUAUGUUCCGAAUAACGAACGGUGGCCCCAGCAUUUCCGCGGUAUGGGUAUUGGUAUUGAAGACAGUGUCUGCGUCGGCGACGAGAACCCUAUCGUAAUGUCAAUGGAGGCCGUUAAAGAGAUCGACGAUAUUGAAGCUCUCCGCUCAUAGACGAUCCCCGAGCGAGCGAAUGAUACCCAUCUCCCAACUAGCUGUACAUUAGAUAUUUUGUAUUUAGCAUGUAUUCGGCGUCAGUCAUAUGCAUUUACUCAUGAAGU